AAUGGAAAAGAAAUUUAUCAUUAUUUCAUUAGAAGGUAAUAUAGGAGCAGGUAAAUCAACUUUAUUUGAAAUCUUAAAACAAUAAUAUCCAUAAGCUAUUUUUCUUAUGGAACCUUUAGAGUAAUGGCAAAAAAUUAAUGGGAAUUCUAACCUUAAUAUUUUAGAGAAGUACUACUAAGAUGUAGAUAGAUGGGGUUUCACUUUUUAAAUUUAUGCUUAUUAAUCUAGAUUAAUGGCAUGGGAUAGAUAAUUAUAAUAAGUGUUACAAAAUAAUUAAUAAAGCAAAGAACCAGUAUUAGUAUUUACUGAAAGAAGUAUUGAAAGUGCAAGAGAACUCUUUUUUAAAUUAUGUUAUAAUGAUGGAAAUAUUAGCUAAAUAGAAUAUGAAAUUUAUGAAGAAUUUUAUUAAUGGUUAAUGAAUCAUUAUCCAUAAUAUUUGAUAGAUUGUGUAAUAUAUGUUAAUACUCCACCAGAAGUAUGUCUAUAAAGAUUGAUAAAAAGAGGAAGAUCAGAAGAAGUAUCUGUGCCACUUGAUUAUUUAAAGAAAUUACACUAAAGACAUGAAGAUUGGUUGUCUCAAAAAUCUAAUAGAUUCUAAACAAUUAAAAUUGAUGCAACUUUAAAUUAUGUAUAAGAUUAGAAAAUAAAAGAGAAUAUGCGACAACUGUUAGUAUUGGAGAUAUAGAAAUUAUAGAAGUUGCUCAAUUGAA